GUGUGUGUGUGUGUGGUAGAGAGAGAGAGAGAGAGGAAGAGAGGGAAGGGUCAUUCAAAUCUGUGUGUGUGUGGCACCAAACCCUCACCAUGGUCACUGUUGCUAGUCGAGUCUGAGUCUACUGUCUGCCUUUGAAAACGUAGGUGCGUGUUAAACACACAAACACACCGCAACCCACCAGACCGGACCGGACCAGAGGCAGAGGCAGAGGCAGAGGCAGAGGCAGAGGCAGGGAGCUGGUAGAAAGUGCUGGAAGUGCAGAGGCACAGGGGGAACGUGUUCUGUUCGAGCUGGAGCUGACCCCGAAUUUGCCGGAAAGUGCCCAGUCAUGCCUGCAACGGGGACAACAGAUCCGAAGGCGGAGGAUUACUCCACAGCUAUUCUAAAGCAGAAGACUCGACCCUACAGACUCAUCGUCGAUGAAGCCAUCAAUGAGGACAACAGCAUUGUUAGCCUCUCCCAGUCGAAGAUGGAGGAGUUGCAGCUGUUCCGCGGGGACACGGUGGUGCUUCGGGGACGUAAGCGGCGGGAGACGGUCUGCAUCGUCCUCACCGACGACACCUGCGCCACUGAACGCGUGCGCAUGACGCGCGUCACCCGCAACAACCUGCGUGUCAGGCUGGGGGAUAUCAUUAGCAUCCACGCCUGCCCGGAUGUGAAGUACGGCAAGCGCAUCCACGUGCUGCCCAUAGACGACACCAUCGAGGGCCUCACGGGGAACCUGUUUGAGGUCUUCCUCAAGCCCUACUUCCUGGAGGCCUACAGGCCUGUGCACAUGGGUGACAUCAUCCUGGUGCGUGGGGGCAUGAGGGCAGUAGAAUUCAAGGUGGUGGAGACAGACCCCGCCUCUCACUGCAUAGUUGCCCCGGAUACCAUCAUUCACUGUGAGGGGGAAGCGAUCAAAAGAGAGGAUGAGGAGGAGAGCCUGAAUGACAUUGGCUACGAUGACAUCGGCGGCUGCAGGAAGCAGCUGGCCCAGAUUAAGGAGAUGGUGGAGCUGCCUCUCAGGCACCCCGGCCUCUUCAAGGCCAUUGGAGUGAAGCCCCCCAGAGGCAUCCUGCUCUACGGCCCCCCAGGCACGGGGAAGACUCUGGUGGCUCGUGCUGUUGCCAACGAGACGGGAGCCUUCUUCUUCCUCAUCAAUGGUCCUGAGAUCAUGAGUAAGCUAGCCGGCGAAUCAGAGAGCAACCUGCGCAAGGCCUUCGAGGAGGCGGAGAAGAACGCCCCCGCCAUCAUCUUCAUCGAUGAGCUGGAUGCCAUCGCCCCCAAGAGGGAGAAGACUCACGGGGAGGUCGAGCGACGAAUCGUCUCUCAACUCCUCACCCUGAUGGACGGCCUCAAGCAACGUGUCCAUGUCGUUGUCAUGGCAGCCACAAACAGACCCAACAGCGUGGAUCCAGCUCUACGCCGCUUUGGGAGGUUUGAUCGUGAGAUUGAUAUCAGCAUCCCUGACUCCAUUGGCCGACUGGAGAUCCUACAGAUUCACACCAAGAACAUGAAACUAGCAGACGACGUGGAUCUGGAGAGGAUAGGCAAGGAGACCCACGGUCACGUAGGUGCUGACAUGGCGGCGCUGUGCUCCGAGGCGGCCCUGCAGGCCAUCCGUAAGAAGCUGACCCUCAUCGACCUCGAGGACGACACCAUCGAUGCCGACCUGCUCAACUCGCUCGCCGUCACAAUGGACGACUUCCAGUGGGCCCUGGGUCAGAGUAACCCCUCUGCACUGAGGGAGACGGUGGCUGAGAUUCCUCAGGUGAACUGGGAAGACAUCGGCGGCCUGGACGAGGUCAAGAGGGAGCUGCAGGAGCUCGUGCAGUACCCGGUUGAGUACCCUGAAAAGUUCCUGAAGUUCGGCAUGACUCCGUCCCGCGGUGUGCUCUUCUACGGCCCGCCGGGCUGCGGUAAGACCCUGCUGGCAAAAGCCAUCGCCAACGAGUGCCAGGCCAACUUCGUCUCCAUCAAGGGUCCCGAGCUCCUCACCAUGUGGUUCGGAGAGUCCGAGGCCAACGUCAGAGACAUCUUCGACAAGGCUCGGCAGGCAGCGCCGUGCAUCCUCUUCUUUGACGAGAUGGACUCCAUCGCCAAGUCCAGAGGGGGAGGGGCCGGUGAUGCGGGGGGCGCGGCCGACCGUGUCAUCAACCAGAUCCUGACCGAGAUGGACGGCAUGAGCAACAAGAAAAACGUCUUCAUCAUCGGGGCUACCAACAGACCUGACAUCAUAGAUCCUGCCAUCCUGAGACCUGGGCGUCUGGAUCAGCUCAUCUACAUCCCUCUGCCAGACGUGCGCUCUCGCUCCGCCAUCCUCAAAGCCAACCUACGCAAGUCACCCAUCGCUAAGGAGGUGGAUCUAGAGUAUCUGUCUGGCACCACAGAGGGGUUCUCUGGGGCCGACCUGACGGAGAUCUGCCAGAGAGCCUGUAAGCUGGCCAUCAGGGAAGCCAUCGAGGCCGAGAUCCACGCAGAGAGACAGAGGCGCAGCCGGCCAGACACUGCCAUGGAUGAGGACUCUGACCCCGUGCCUGAGAUCAGGAAGGACCACUUUGAGGAGGCCAUGCGCUUCGCCCGCCGCUCCGUCAGUGACAACGACAUCCGCAAGUACGAGAUGUUCGCCCAGACGCUGCAGCAGAGCAGGGGCUUCGGAAACUUCAGGUUUCCCACUGGCUCCGAAGUCGGGGGAGGUCAGGGGUCAGGUCAGGGUAACUCCGGCAACAUGUUCAGAGACGACGGGGACGACGACGACCUCUACCAGUGAGGGUCAUCCACAGAGGUCAAAGUUCAUCGUUGUCAUGCUAUAUAACUCCGCAGGCAUCCACACCUGCAUUAAGACUACUUAAGUACAUAUGUUUAUAUACACAUACAGUACAUUCAUACUAUGCCUAUUAGGAGGUGACCCACUUUGCCUCUCUGUUGAAACUGCUACAGUUUGUGUGAUGUGUAGAAAAUUCCUGGAUAAAAAAAAUUCCAGUGGAUACAUUGUGAUUUUGAAGAAAAAAAUUCAAAUAAAUCAACUUUAGUUUUGGUGUGAA